AUGUCUCACCAUCGACUGUACUGACAAUAGGGAUUAAAUAUGAAUAUGAAUAUUAAUUCUGGCUGCUGCCGAAUCUCGUCGACCACCUCCACCAAGAUCCCCCCCCUGCUGUGCUGCAUGUGUCUGAGUUGUUCUCAUGCCGUGACGGCCGUAUUCUCGUACUUCGCAAACCCCCAAUCUCACAGUAUGCCGACCACAUAACCUCCACCACUUUCUUCCAAAUCCACCACGAAAUCCCUCUGUGCAGCUCUCAAACUCUACUGCGGCCUCCUUAUAAUACCCUGAGCGUCCAGCCUCCCACUCAUCCCCCACGCGAGCGACCCACUUGGCCAUGGCUUGACGACAUCGAUCGAACCUCUGAAUUCCGAUUCCAUAUCCAGGACUGAAAAGUCCCUCAUAACAGCAGAUGGCGAGUACUUUCGCGAAAUCUGUCUCCGGAGCCACAAAGAUUAAGCUCGCCGCUCCCAAGUCGAAAUACAUCGAGCACAUCCUCAUUGCCACCCAUUCCGGCGAACAUGGCGUUGCAGAGAUCUUUCGGGCGCUGCAAAACCGGCUCCGCGAUUCCACAUGGACCGUGGUCUUCAAAUCGCUCAUCGUGGUCCACCUUAUGAUUCGGGAGGGCCAGCCGGAGGUGACGUUGAAACACCUGGCGCAAUCACCGCACCGGAAGUUGGCGAUUAGCAACUUUACAGAGGCUCAAACACAAGGCCGGAACAUCCGCACGUACGCAGAAUACCUCCUCCAACGCGCCGUUUCAUAUAGCGCCACCAAGGUCGACUAUGUCCGUGGCGGGGAAGGUCGCCUCAAGCGGCUCACGGUCGAGAAAGGAUUGCUUCGGGAGACGGAGAGCGUACAAGAUCAGAUCCGCGCACUCCUCAGAUGCGACUUCCUUUCCAACGAACUGGAGAAUGAAAUCACCGUUACCGCAUUCCGGUUGUUGACCAUGGAUCUCCUGGCGCUUUUCCACGUCAUGAAUGAGGGCACCAUCAAUGUCUUAGAGCAUUACCUCGAAAUGUCAAAAUCGGACGCCGAACGAGCCCUUAAGCUAUACAAGAGCUUCACCAAGCAGACGGACCACGUGGUGAAAUACCUCAGCACCGCAAGGCAGUUCGAGUACGCCACACGGCUGGAAAUCCCAAAGAUCAAGCAUGCGCCGACGAGCUUGUCUCAAUCCCUCGAGGAGCAUCUCCAUGACAAGGACUUCGAGAUCAACCGAAGACAAUACCUGGCUCAGAUGGAAGCGAAACGGACCGGAAAGCCGAUCUCGAGUACCGCCAAAUCAUCCGCAGAGCCGAAGGCGAGUGAGAAGAAGCCUGCCACCUCUCAAGCGUUCCCCGAGCCAAAGGCAUCCCAAUCAACGGCGCAACCCAAAGCACCGGCGCCGGAUCUGAUGGACUUUUUCGAAUCCAUCGAACAGAACCAGCAGACCAUGGCGCAGCCGUCGGGGAGUGCUUUCCAUCCACAGCAGCAGCAACAGCAGCAGCAAGCGUACAUGCAGCAGACCGGCAACCCCUGGCAAGGAGGCGUUCCGCAAGCAAUGCCAGGGGUAGCGUUUCCGCAGCAGAACACCGGCUUCGCUCCGCAACCGCAGCAAAAUAUCGGCUUCGCUCAACAGCCGCAGCCAUCGGGGGCAGGGUUUGCGACGUCGACCAACCCCUUCGGCCCGGGUCCGCAGCAAGCACCGCCUGCACAGCAACCGAUGUUCCCUGGAUCGAACGCGUUUUCGUCCGUGUCGCAGCCGGCCUUCAAUCCACAGCAACCGACCCUCUCGGCCAUACCGCAGAACGGCGUCGCGUCAUUCACACCCCCGCAACAGGAACCGAAUCCGUCACCGUUCCCGAACCCCCAGAACUCAGGGCAGCCGCCUUUCAGCAACCCCUUCCGCCAAUCCAUGAUGCCAACCGGUGCCAGCAACCCAACCAGUCCUGCCACCCCAUCGAAUCCCAUGCCCGCGUCGUCCCUCGCACCCACCCCAACCGGGACCAACCCAUUCGCGAAAGCUCCCUUCCAACCUUCUCCCUUCCCCUCCUCCCUCCCACCCCCGUCCAGCCCGCCCUUCUUCCAGCCCCCUCAGCAGCCAGGCGCCCUCCAACCGCAACCCACCGGCACCAACCCGUUCGCUCGCGACGCGUCGCCGUCCUCCCCGCCGCCACCGUCACUCUCCCCGCCCGCGCCUGUGACCGCCCAUGUGACCGGCAGCACGAACCCGUUCCGGCAGAGCGCGUUCGUGAACCCGCAGACUGGCGCCGGGUGGCAGCAUCAGCAGCAGCAGGCGACGGGGCUGAACCAUCUGGAGACGAUCCCGGUGUUUCCGAGGCCGGGGCUGCCGCAACAACAACAGCCACAGCAGCAGAACCCAUCGUGGGGUUGAUCCGAGUGGGAGAGCAGGUGGGGGAGAUGAUAAUUCAAUGGGCUGGAUUUGACCCGAGGAUUAGGAAUCGGGGAACACUUAGUGGUUGUACUGGAUUAUGGAGAGCAAUGUAUCCUGCUUAGGUUUCGAUCUGGAGCGACCAUCUGUGCGUUUUAUAAUGCUGAAGUUUAGCGGUUGACGGCGAUUGAUCGUCUCCUUCCUAUCCCUUCAGUCCGACACUGGCCGAGUCGACCGUGAUUUAACAAAAUACCAAGUGAUCCGACGUUUCAACUGAAGUAAUGCGUGUCUAAUUGUGGUCCCGUAUGAAUACAUGAACGUAG